AGAGAUACCGAGGAUCACAGAUGCACUAACUAAGCAGGUGCCACACUGGAUCUAUCACUGUGUACUCCUUAUUGUGGAAAAUGGUCAACAAAGACAUGAAUGGAUUCCCAGUCAAGAAGUGCUCAGCCUUUCAAUUUUUUAAAAAGAGGGUACGGAGAUGGAUUAAGAGCCCAAUGGUCAGCAUGGAAAAGCACCAGAAUACCAACCUCAAAUACACAGGGUCCACUGUGAUGCACAUACCUCAAGGGGAGCCAGAACUUGAGUCUUCACUAUGCCAGACAUGCUUGGGUGACCACUCUUUUCAACAAGGAAUUGUUCCUCAGGAGGCAGAGUCGUGUUCCUGGGAAAGCCACAGAAGUUGCAAAAUGAAGGAGUCCUGUAGCAAAGGAGACCUGCUGGCUAAACCUGAUCCAAGAACCUUCUGGAAUAGAGCUGACUCAGCUUUCAUGAAACAGAGACGAAUGGGGCUAAAUGACUUCAUUCAAAAAAUAGCCACCAGCUCCUACCCGUGCAAGCACCCUGAAGUUCAGUCUAUUUUGAAGAUCUCCCAGCCUGAAGAGCCUGAACUUAUGAAUGCUAAUCCUUCCCCUCCACCCAGCCCAUCACAGCAGAUCAAUCUUGGUCCAUCAUCCAACCCACACGCCAAGCCAUCAGACUUUCAUUUCUUAAAAGUUAUCGGAAAAGGAAGUUUUGGAAAGGUUCUCCUUGCAAGGCAUAAGGCGGAAGAAGAAUUCUAUGCUGUUAAAGUACUGCAGAAGAAAGCAAUCCUGAAAAAGAAGGAGGAGAAACACAUAAUGUCAGAGCGCAAUGUCCUGCUGAAAAAUGUGAAACACCCUUUCCUGGUUGGGCUCCACUUUUCUUUCCAGACUGCAGACAAAUUGUACUUUGUCCUUGACUACAUCAAUGGUGGAGAGUUAUUCUACCAUCUCCAGAGGGAACGUUGCUUCCUGGAGCCAAGAGCACGGUUUUAUGCUGCUGAAAUAGCCAGUGCACUGGGUUACUUGCACUCUCUGAACAUAGUUUAUCGGGACUUGAAGCCAGAGAACAUCUUGCUAGAUUCUCAGGGGCAUAUUAUCUUGACUGACUUUGGACUCUGCAAAGAGAACAUAGAACACAAUGGCACUACCUCCACGUUUUGUGGCACACCUGAGUACCUUGCUCCUGAAGUUCUUCAUAAGCAGCCCUACGACAGGACUGUUGACUGGUGGUGCCUUGGAGCAGUUUUGUAUGAGAUGCUUUAUGGAUUGCCCCCCUUCUACAGCAGGAACACAGCAGAAAUGUAUGACAAUAUCUUGAACAAACCCCUGCAAUUGAAACCAAAUAUUACCAAUUCUGCUAGACACCUUCUGGAAGGCCUGUUACAAAAGGAUAGGACAAAGAGAGUUGGUGCUAAGGAGGACUUCAUGGAGAUUAAGAAUCACAUCUUCUUCUCCCCAAUUAACUGGGAUGAUCUUAUUAAUAAGAAGAUUACACCUCCUUUUAACCCAAAUGUGAGUGGUCCGAGUGAUCUGCGACACUUUGACCCCGAGUUUACCGAUGAGCCAGUCCCCAACUCCAUUGGCCAAUCUUCCGACAGUAUCCUCAUUACUGCUAGUGUCCAGGAAGCUGCUGAAGCCUUUCUGGGCUUUUCGUAUGCCCCACCCAUGGAUUCUUUCCUGUGAACAUUUGUUUUCCUUUCUUCUUGGUUUUUAAUUAUUAUAUUGGCCUUCUGGCUGAGCUGCCAGUUGACCAGUCAUCUUGAAACAGAAUUUGCACAUCUCCACCAUGGCAGCUUUGCAGCCUUAAUUUCAACUACACUGCUGGAAGCUUUUUUUUUUUUUCUUUCAAACAGCACAUAACUCCUCUAAACAAGCUUACAAGCAUUUUGAUUCGUUCUUCCCCCAAAGUGGUGCUAUCUCCUUGGGAAAGAACAUAAGAAAUGACUGUUGCCAUAGCCUGUUAUGGUAGAUUGUAGGAAUAAUAACCUGCUGUUUGGAAAUAAUGUUCUGAAAAGCCUUGCCUGAAGACCUGGAUGUGACGAGGAUUUUAUGAAACGUGCCUUUUUUUCUGAUGAGAUCGAGUUAAGCUCCAAACUUUUCCUGUUGUAGAGUGUUUCUCAGUUCAGUUAUGUGGGUUUACUAUGUGAACAAAUGGUAUGAGUGUGAUAUGCAUACUACAGAGGGACUUAGUUUAAAGCACCAAUGUGACACUUGCAGGACACUACAAUGUGGGGCAUUGUUUGUUUCUUCCAUAUUUGGAAGAUAAAUUAAGUGUAGAAAUUGAUUUUUGUUUUGUAAAUAUACAGUUAACUAAAAUUAUUGAAAUGGGCUCACAAUUAAUUAUAUCCAAAUGCUUGAAGAAAGCAUUGCUGCUAUGAAAAGUUUCUAUUUUUAGAAAGGUUUUUAUGGGCCAAAAUGCCCCAGCUGCAGUUGGUCAAAGCUGUUGGUUUAUUUCUUGUUUGUUUUUUUUAAAGUUGUCAUCUGUAAAGUGGGCAUUAUGGGGGGGGGAAGGGGAGGGGAAGGUUUGCAUUGUAUGUAUUGUAAAAAAAAUAAAUAAAAAAAGUCUGUACAUUCAGUUGUAACUCUAGAUGUAUAUUUAAACUUACAGCCUGGCUUGUAAAUGUACACCAUCACUGUAAUGUAAUUAACAUAGUUAUGUACUUUUUUUUUUUUUUUGGUGACCAAACCCAUUGGUUUGCAGUAAAAUCUUGAGAAAAUUUC